UCAGAGCGAAAGGCGGGCCGCCGAGAGAGUCGUGGUGCAGCUGUCCGGCAUGUUCCCAGCAAGCAUCCGGUUGACAAAGGAGGGUAGAGGGACGGCCCCGUCUUCUGCCGAGGCGUCACCCUCUCCCAUGCAGGCACGAAGAUGCUCAUACCGCCAUCCCGUAGGGCCGGCUGCGGAGCCUCGCGGCGCCGUCUUGAGGGCAGCUAGUAGAACUCUGGGCGGGACCGUGAGAGGGACGGCCGGCUCAUCUGGGCUGUUCUGGGUCUGCGGCUUUCUAGGGAGCGGGGCUGCCGGGUGUAGUUCCUUGAGCUGCUGGAGCGUUGCCGCUGUCGCCGGAGCGACCUUGGCGGCCGUCAGCCGCCUCGCCGCACGCGACAGCUCUCCCUGUCUCACAAAUCUCUCUAUUUCCUCCAGGGAUGGCUCAGACACGCCGUCCACCGGUCCAUCGCCGCGUGGAGCGAAUACGUGGCGACCCUGUUCAGCAAAAUUCCUAGACUCGUCGAGCAAUCCUUGCCACUCUCCAGCCCAGAACCGCUUGAAGCGAGCACGCCAUUUGCGGUGGCCGCCGUCUCCGCCGCGAUUCAUCGGGAAGAGCAGCAUAGUCGGCACGAAAAUGGCUAUCAGGCAGCCGACAUCCGAGUCCUCUUCGUCCUUCACGUACUUCUCGGUAGUGUCCACCACCAU